CUUAGUUCAGAGAAGCCAAUGUGAUUGGGUAGAUGUUCUGUGGAGACAAUAUCAACGGGUAGUGGCAAUAAAGGGAGCAGUUGAUACACUAACGUAUAAAAUGAUUUCCCCUUGUCUAACCAGUGAAGAUCAAUGCAUGGAGAAAACCAUGGUCCAUCCUUUAAGUUAGGGUGAACCCUACUUGACCAUGGGAAAGAGAGCAGCCUUGGAGCAGGAAGUGCAGAGAAUGAGAGCUCAUUGGAGCAGGAAGUGCAGAGAAAGAGAGCUCAUUGGAGCAGGAAGUGCAGAGAAUGAGAGUUCAUUAGCAGGAAAGUAAUAAGGGGAAGAAUGGAUCCACUUCAAAGGGAUUUUGUUUUCUAGUGAGGCACAUGCAGACAGGCUUAAGGCUGUCUCUCUGAUUGGCCCAAGGGGGCGGGGGUUAUUCUAGCUCAUUUAUCUGCAAGGAAAAACCGUUUGAGCAAGGAACUCCUAGUGGUCAAAGUGCAAUGAACCUGCAUGUGCUGUAAACCCACAAACAGGAAACUUCGGGCGACUUUGGAAAACGAAUCGCGCCAACUGCCAUCCCGCUGAUGAUUUACAUUUCAGCCUGCAGGGGAGGCAGUUCGGGGAGAUUAGUCGCACCCAAAGAAGAGGAGAUUUGUAUAGUAAAUGUCCUGCUAGCGGCUUCUUUCUAAAACCAGAAGUUACUGGGGAAGCUACUGGGCAGCCUCUCUUCUCUUUCUCUGCUCGGUGCACAGAAUGACGCCACGGAACUGUGAGGAACUUUGCCCGAUAUGCGAUGUGUGUGCAGAGAGGCUGAACAGCAGCUGCCGUAGUAGCUUCCGGAAGUGAGUCGCUAUGUGAUAUUUGCUGUGGAGCCCGCUCUGCUCUGCGUGAGUCUGUAUGAGGCACAAGGUGGCUGAGAAAGGAGAGGGGGUGGAGUGAGCAGCUACCAAGCUCGACAGAGAAGGAGACAAGCAAAUAAGUCACAGGCUGAACAACAGCUGCCCCAGUAACUUCCGGUUUUAGAAAGAAGCCGCUAGCAGGACAUUGGAGCGCGCACGUAAGUGCAGGUCGCCACAUCGCCUUUUUAACACAUUCUUCCAGCAUAAAGAGUCUAUAUUGAACCCUCUGUACCAGGAUAAACAGUCCAUAACCCCAUAUCCAACCCUCUCUCCCAGUAUAGAAUAGUGAUGUGCGUGCCGAGCCGAUACCUGUGGGUUUACCCACGGGUCGGGCGGGUUUGGGCCGACCUCAAAUGCUGGCCUCCGGGUUCAAUUGUAACAAUUUAAGAUAAGCAGGUCUCUUGGGGAAACUGUGACUCGCAGCUUAAAGGGCAAUUCACCUUCAUUAGCAAAACUGUAAUAACACAUAAAACUCCCAGAAAUGUGUUUAAACUUUACAUAACGGUCAAUUUUUACAAACUAGACAUGGUCAUUAAGGGGUGUGGCCACAAAACGGGCGUGGUCUAAACUGCUUCUGGCACCACAACUUUUUGUCUCUGUUUACAUUUGUCAAAUUCAGUGAGGUACAGUUCAGUAUAGAGUCUAUAACCAACACCCUCUCUCCCAGGAGAAACAGUCUAUAGCCAAUUGCCAGUAAAGUAGCCUCUAUCCCACCCUGUGUCCCAGCACAAUGAGUCUGUAUCUGAGUCCCUUCCAGGCCAACGGGUUAUUUGCAGUUCAGCACAUCCCAGAGCCACUCCCCCAAUACAGCCAGCGCCUCCCCCUCUGCCUCACACAGCUGCUGCCCGGCUAUUGGCGGAACUAGGCUACCGCUCGCCUCUUCUACGCACUUCCUGCUUCCUAUUUGGCCUAUUCCACUGCUCACUGGGAGUAGGGGCGUGCAGGGAAGAGCCAUUUCAUGUCAUUUCCCCGUCAGAACAUUAUAAAAGCUGCAGUGGUGUAUUUCAGGAUAUAAUAAUCAUAAUAGUUAGGUGUUUACUCUCAUAACCGGUGCAUUUAUUUUCCAGGAGCAGACAUUUCGUUACCCGGCCCCUUCCUUGCAGAUGGUUUGUCCCGGCUGUUCUGUGAGGGGAAUUGGGCCAAUGCAGUUGAGAUGGGAGCGGGUUUCCCUUCAGUGUGUCUGUUAUAAAGGUGAGGCAGCUAAUGGAAUGAACCGACCAUUACUACUUGAUUAAGACUGUUGCAAUUUCAGUCUUGGAUGAUAUUUUAUUAAAGUUCCUGGGGCACAGAUUUGCAGUCGAAUUAUAAUCCGGAAUAGCUCUAAAGAACUGUGGGUUCACCCGGUCUUAACAACAGGUACAAGACAAUCCGAUCUGGAACUAAACGUGUCACUUUCCGAGGGAAAAUGUAUUCCUAAAAUUAUAUUACUAGCAGUUAUGUGAGCUGUACCCUCGUUAUAUUAACAAAUGAGUUGCUUCAAGGACUUCAUGUGAUUUCCAAGGACUUUCAUUGUCACUCACAAAUGAGCCUUGGGAUGUGAUUAAGUUAAGCUCUUUGCCAUUACCAAAUCAAUUACUGUAUACAUUGAUUGUCGUUAUCCCAUUCCACAUUAUGGAUAACCGAAAUGAUGCACAGACAUCUGAAGCUCCAAAUCAAUUUAUUCCAGAGAUUGAAAUUAAACUGGAAUCGAGUGAUGAGGAAGAGUUUGUGAAGAAUGCUGCGUCUUCAUACACGUCUUCUGAGGAGAAAGAGACUGUUACCCUAGGUAAAGUGUUUCCAGGGGAGGGAGCGCUGACGAGGGAGGUAAAUGAUGUGCAUAGUCAGAGACCAACAAGGAAGAGGAAAUCCACCUCAGAAGUUUGGCAGUUCUUUUACCGUGAUGAUACCAAUAUUUGCAGAGCUAUUUGUGGCCUGUGUCGAAUCAGUGUCAGUCGAGGGAAGUUAGGAGGGAAUUUUGGGACCACGGCUUUGAAGCGUCAUUUGGAAAGUAAGCACCCAAUGGAAUGGGCACAGAGGAAGUCAAUGAAAGCGCAGAGAACAGAUGGAGGGGAAGAAGAAGAAGACGAAGCAAUAGAGGAUGAGGAAGAGAAGGAGGAACCUUAUGAAAAAGCCAGCAGUGCACAGACUGUGUUAUAUAGCUCAAAGCCAACAUCUGAAACUCAAGGUGCCAUGCCGAUUUCCUCCUCACAAGUUCUCAAUUCUCUGAAAACAUAUCAGAUUAUAGAUUCUAGUGAUGAUGAGGGGGAAGACUAUAAAGAGGGAGUUGAGCAAGUUCCUGUGGAGUGUGAAGAAGAUAUGGACAGAAAGAGAAUGAAAAUGCUUGAUCAGAAUUUAAGAGGGGCUUUCAAUUCUUGCCCCAACUCUAAUCCUCACCUUUCUAUGCUCUCUGGGGGGCAAACAAGUUUCCAUGCUUUUAACAUUUCAAACAACUUACUAGUGCCUCUUGGAACCAAAAAUAGAAAAUCUACCUCUGCUGUUUGGCAAUUUUUCUCCAUUGACCGGACAAACAUCUGUAGAGCUAUCUGCACCCUGUGCCAAUUAAGUGUGAGUCGUGGAAAACAAGGGGGUCAUUUUGGAACGUCGGCUUUGAUGCGUCAUCUUGAAGGAAAACACCCUUUGGAAUGGGCUAGAGGCAAGAUAAAUAAACCAAAGAGCAACAGCAUAAUAGAGGUAGACGAAGAUGAAGAGGAAGAGACAGACAUGCCAUUGGAACAGAUAUAUCCUCAGCCACACGUUAUACUUGGAAUUUAUGGGUCACCUACCCAUCAUGAUACAUAUUCAACUGAAACAUCAGGUGUAAUGACCCCUCCGGUCCUGGCCAUGCCAGUGGAAUAUAAUAGAGAAGAUAAGGAGAGAACCAAAGAAAAGAUCAGAGAUGAUUUGUCUCUUACCAAAAAAGAAAAACUUGCCCUUUCACCGAGUGAAGAUUUGUACAUAAAUGGAAAGUAUGCUCCGAACCACCCUAAAGCCCAGUCGUGGAACAGGAAUAUAGCCGAAUUAAUGUGCGGUACGGCGCUUCCAUACUCCUUUAUUACCUCCAAGACUUUUAAGACAUUCAUGGAAAGAGCUGACCCAAAGUAUUGUGUGCCUUCAAAAUCUUUUUUUUCUGGUAAAGUGGUUCCCCAGAUAUAUAAAGCCGUGUGCGAGAGAGUGAUGAAUGAAUUAAAGAGAUCGGAAAGCUAUCAUAUUCAUCUGACCACCCACUGGUGGAGCACUGGGCUUUCCAUGGACUAUUUAGCCUUAACAGCGCAUUGGGCUGUUCUACAGCCAGAUAAUUUGGAGUCCAUUCAAAGAAAGAAUGCUGUUCUAUGCACCAAAGGUUUUCCAAAAGACUAUAUAGAUGGCAGUAUUCAACAAGAGCUCAUUCAGCAAAUAAACAUGUGGCUCUCUCAAAAUGCCCUGAUUCCAGGUUUCUUCAUAUCCUGUGGCAACUUGAAUCUCAUCCAUGCUAUUAAAAGUGCUAACUUUAACUACAUACCCUGUUUUACCCACACCCUAAAUUUGUUAGUAAUGGAUUUUCUGCAAAACAAUCACUAUAUCACUUCCUUGCUUGAGGUGGCUCGGAAAGUCUGCAACCAUUUUAUUCACUCAGCCAGUGCGAGGAGCACAUUGAGUGAGCUGCAGUUCCAAAAUAAUUUGCCAAAUCGACCUCUGAAACUAGAAACAUUACCUCAUUGGACUUCAACAUUCUAUAUGCUGCAGAGACUUAUAGAGCAGCAGAAGGCUAUAGAAGAGUAUCUAGAGUCACACAAAUUAGAAAUAGCUGACCUGCAUUUGACUUCCAGCAACUGGAGUCUCAUAAGUUGCUUAGUGGAACUUCUACAGCCAUUUGAGAUGGUUACAAGAGAGGUCAGUGCCAGUGGUUCAUGUCUGAGCCAAGUGCUACCAGAGGUUCGAUACCUCCAUAUCUUUCUUAAACAGAUUAGAGGGCAUUUUGAAAGUAAAGGAGAUGUUAAUGGGGUAAUCUUGACUGACAAUUUCACUCUGAAAAUCUCUUCAGAUUUUGGGAUCAAUGAAAUGUUUCAGAGGGAAGAGUAUGUUCUGUCCACCUUACUUGAUCCACGUUUUAAAGGAAGGAUCGAGGCAAUACUUCCGCCUGGUUCUGAUAUCGACCACUGGAAGCAAGUCCUUGUAAAGAAAGUAAAGGAGAUCAUGUCAUCCUCCUUGAGGCCAGCUUUUCAUUUCAAAGAUUCCGGAUUGGAAUCAGAUCUGCUUGCUAGUAAGAAUUAUCAUUUGGCUGAAGAAGGGAUUAACUCUCAGAGGAGAAGAACCAUGUUGGCUCCACCGCUAAUCCAAAAGGAGAAAUCACUGAUUGAGCACUUGGAGAGUGUUGGCCUUCUGGCAUCCAAAAGUACUGGGGCUUCCUUGUCAACUGAAAGUCAUUCUGCUUGUGUCAUGGUGGAAAAGUACCUUCAAGAUAAUCAAACUAUUGGAGCCAAGGAAGACCCACUGGUCUACUGGAAGAAAAGAAAGUGCCCGUGGCCUGCUCUGGCUAAGCUUGCUUUCAUGUACUUGACUUGCCCGCCUUCUAGCAUUUUUGCAGAGCGUGUCUUUACUCUUCCUUGUACAUAUGGGGGCAUGCAGAAACCGUCAGACAUAAUGGAAGGGAUGGAACACUUUGGAUUUCUGAUGGUUAAUCUAGAAAAUUUCCAAGACUACGUACCCCCACCUCUGAUUUUCUCAUCUGAUAACGAGGCCAAGCAAAGUGAUAGUGAGGAGGGCUAGCAGAGUAUGACCUCAGAAAUAUAGGUUUCACUUACCCUUGUAUGCGUGUUGCUCCUCCAAACAUAUCCACUUUCUGAGAAUCAGACCACACAGGGGCUGUAUAAACAGUAGAUAUUCUAGCACACCACUCUCCAACAAGCUCUCCUGCCUACUGAGAAUACCACAACUAUGUAUAGAGCAACUGUGCAAAAUGGGUGCAAAGUGCCCUGCUUUUUAUAUUUUGCCCUAUAGAUUGCACCCUGGCAUGCAAAGAGCUGUAACUUCCUUGAACGACACCUGCCAGCAUUUGGUUGUACUGCCCUAAAAAGAUGAGCAUAGAGGGCGGGUGGCAGGCAGUAUUUGAGGAUUUUAGGUGACACUUUGUAACGUGCAGGUCAGAUCCAGGCUAUUAAGCACUAGAGGCCACAAGGAGUAGGAGAGCCUGGUUCAUACUUCUGAUGGCACUUGUUAAAUGUAUAGGGUUCCUUAGCCUCCGGCACAAAUGAUUUUUGUUACUUUUGAGUGUUUGUGGGUGCACAGUAACACUUGGUGGGUGAGAAAGUAUAUGAUACAAGGUGGGUGCAGAGCAAUAUCAGUGUGGGCUGAUUUGUGUUGGAUACUCCAGCUGUAAGUUUGAAUUCCCUAGUGUAGGGAUUGUCAGACUUAACUAACGUGGGGCCUACUAUAAACAAACAUUUUCUCUCUUAACACAAGUGAAUUGCCAUGAGCAUCCUGUUACCCCAAAAGAAGAGAGAUAUUUUGUAUUUUAAUGAAUUUUAUUGAUUUCUUAAGCCAGUGUUUCUGAAUCAUGUGAAGUACUGCAGGAAGAUCUCAUGGGUCUCUCUGUGGUCGGUUGUUGGGAUCUGCUGGUAGGUCACAAAUAUUUGGGCCCUGGUGCAUUACAACAUGUAAAUACUGUAUAUAUGUAUAUAUUUCCUUUUAUCAGAAAUAAUUUAACAAUUAAAUACAAUAUUUUUAGAACUGCGUGACAGUCAUUGUUAUUGUUAUUAAAGGAAUGCAGUGGGUAACAAGCAUGUAAAUGAAAGGAAAAGCCGUUUAUGUCCCCUCCAGAGCACCCCCACCAGAACUGCUCCUCUUACUAAUGAUGUGUGGGCCAGCCUGGCCCUGAUACUUGUGGGUGACGAGGAUUCGGGCCGACUUCCCUUAGUCAUUUGCAACCUUAGACUGCCGGCUUCCGACUUACGGUUUUAUAGGAGCAUGCAUGCCCACCCGCCCCUUUUGUGACAUCAGUGGGAUGGGUCUAUAAAAGGAGGAAGGAAGCCAGGUGCGGGUGGGUGAGGGUCGGGCUGAUGCGUGUCGAGCUUUUCUCGACCCUCAUAUCACUACUUCUUACAUUCUCCGAUGCUUCUCCAUUUCUUCAUGUCUUUUAUUAAUAAUAAUAAUAAUACUAAUAAUAACAGCUAGGUUGGCAGCUGCCAUGUCUGGCCUCUAGAUGACAUAGCUCUCUGGUGACAAGGAGCAUUCACAUUUGAAUCUCAUCUGGUCCUGACUACAACUGUUCCUGGUCAAUGUCUUUAUUGGUGACAGUAGAUAUCUCCUCCAGUAUAAAAGUCCAAGCAACUCCCAGUACUUACUAAUAUUUGGGUCUCUUAUGGCACCUUCUCUUGCUGAUCUCACACCACUAUACAGGGAGGGAUGGUUCAGACCAGUAGAGCCUCCACUAUUCCCAGAUCUCGACCAAUGACGUCACGAAAAGGAAUGGGGCGGCCACAAGUCUAUUGAACAAGCGGGAAAUCCAAAGCUGGCAGUCUAAGUUCGUGGGUGGGGAGAGUGGGCAGAAGAGCUGAUUUUUGUCCCUCAACUCCUGAUUUGGUUUGUUCUUGUGGGAGUAUAAUAGACUCCGUCUGUGUGUAGUGAGGUGCGAGUAAUGGGUAAUUGGGCGAGGUGAGAAUCUUCGUAACGCUGGGGCAAGUCAAUGGAAGUGAAUGUAAAUUUAAUAGCCAGAUUGUUUGUUACAGUGGCAAGCUUGUCUCUAUUAGUCAGGAGCCAACUUCCACCAGCCCUAUGGGAGCAGGUUGGGCUCUUCUGUCUCAGGUGUCACCAUCCCCCAGGGACAAGGGAAUAAAGGCAAAGACAGAAAGUCCAUGUCUAGUAACUAACAGAACAAUUGUUAGUUUUAACUCUGUAUUUCAACAACAGCCAUGGAGAACUGACUUCUGCUACAUUGUUUCAAGAGUCGGAACCAAAGAACAGGAAGUGACAGCCAGAUACCACUUCCUAUAGUAAUGACAUUAACACAGAACCUUAUAACCAUUCAGAAUGAGGGAAGAAUGGAAAAUGGGUUGCUGUCCCUUUAAAUGUGGGAUAGGCAAAAGCGUCACAUCUCCAUAGUGACAGUGUGUGUUAGUACAUGGACACGCCCCUGGCUCUGGCAGUGAAGCAGAGGGUUACCAUCAGGCUCAUCACUGCGAUAUUGUUAACCCCUUUAUGUGCUGUGUGUAGGUGGGAUGGACCAAAGGACAAUUGGUCAAUAGAACUGGACUCACCCCUUGAGGACCAAGAUUGGUUUCCAAGCUCUGGAGAAGAGGCAACUUAUUGAUGUCCUGACCAGUGAGACAGCAGGUUUGGGGGUCCAGC